GAAUUAAUAUUAUGCUUACAUGAAAUAAGUGAAUGUUAUUGUACUUAUGCAUCGACAAGUUCUCAAAAUUCAUCGGCUCAUUUUUCACGAAUUGCGCAAUUUGUUUUCCUGUUAAUGGAACCAGAUGAUCAAAUUAUGCUGAAGCUGUGUACAGUUUCAAAUGUCACAUUUAUGGCAUAUAAUUUGGAUCAGUUAUUUAACCAAAUGCAUAUUUAUAGUGAUCAUAAUGAUCGCAAUGAUAGUAAUCCAUCGAUGUCACUUCAAUUAUCACCAAAUUUCAAAUAUUAUGUUAUGCGAUAUUUCAAGCAUCAUCCUACAUUUGCUUUGAUGGAUGACAAUAAGCUAAUAAGUGGUGGUAAUUAA